AUGGAUGGCGCGGUCGAGCCCACACGUUGGCGUUCCAGUACACACCACCUGGUCCACACAUCAAGUGACCAGGUUUUUGAUCAACAGCAACAGAACCAGCAACAAAAACACCCCAACAGGGGCCAGGAGGACGAGGAUAACCGGGCAGCCAUGCCCACCACUUGUAUACCCAGCGGGAGCGCAAGCGCAUCUACCGACAGGGAACCAGGUUUUAGGGAAUUGCCAGGCUGCGAUGAUCAUGGUUUGCUGAUACUGACAUAGCACAUGCUUACAGACCUUUUGACCAGUUGGAUACAAACAUACAUGGACGACCAGUGAAAAAACGUGUAUUAUGGUAGGGGGCGAUCACCGGUCGUUCUUACGGAACUCACUUUACGUGCUCUCUCUCGAGCCCAACCAGCAGCCGCACAGAGGCGCAUGAUAUAGGCAGUCAGUAUGUUAUUACCGACAAACACAAGGGAGAGCGUCCCCUACCAUUAUAUACCCCCGAUCGAAACCGACAGGGCAACGGACUCGGGGCCCAGUGGUUAGAGGCGUGGACUUCUAAUUAACAGGUCGCGAGUUCGAGCCCCGGGUGUUCCACACUUCGGGGUUGAGUACGGCUAGCUGACGACAGCUAAUAAGCCAGAAAUGGCCUUUCCAGUGUCCGUUGUCUUUGUCGGUAAUAACAUACUGCCUAUAAAACGUGUACUAGAUAUCUACCGAUUUUUGGAAUGAAACCCACUCAGACCCCUGGAAAGAUGCCUUGUCGGGGGUCAGAAGACCACUGUUUGGAAAGGGACCGUAACCCCAAUUUUCCCCUAAUUAUUUUCGCCAGAUCACCCCAACAAUCUCUUACAUUUGAAGGCACGUCGAAUAAGUUCAGUCACUUUCUGUAACUUAAAAGACUAAGGGCUUGAUGAAGCUCGCAGCCUACUUAGUAGGGCGCUGGUCCAACAACUAGACUCUAUUAUAUAAAGUUCAGGUAUAUGGAGAUCAGUCAACCACACGAGAAUGAUUUCUACGCGAAGGAACUUCGUUUGGUGAGAAAUUAUAAUAAUAGUUUUGCCAAUGGAAGCGACGAGACGCGUCCCAGGAAGUAGUCUUGAAGAGGGAGACACGAUCGCUGGAACAAGAGCUUCAUUAGCCUGACGUUUCGGAUUCCUACUGGAACUCAUCAUCAGAGACAAAAACAGACCCGUAUCUGCUUUUGCCUCUGAUGAUGGGUUCAAGCGGGAAUCCGAAACGUCAGGCUAAUAAAGCUCUUGUCCCAGCGAUCGUGUCUUCUUCUUCUUCUUCUUCUUCUUCUUCUUCUUCUUCUUCAAUAAUAUUUUUAAUGAUAGUUGAGGCGGGCUCUGUCAUUACAAAGUUAAGAAAUCGUCACGGAUAAGUCUCGGAACAAAUAAGCUGACUUGUGCAGUUGCCGAUUUACAAAUUAGUGUUUUAGGGCAGUUUGUAUGAAUAGGGGAAACUGACAGCUGGGUCUUACUAGGUGGUUGAUCGCGUGAACCACGGUCUUAAUGCGCAAGAACUUUUGUGACAGAAAACGCUAAAAAGCACAGGCGAUUGGUGAUUCUCAUGGCUAAAUAAAACGCCCGCAUUUUCCGUAUUUCCAAAUUCAAAUUUGACGGUGGACUUCCUCAGGACCUCGUAAGUUUGAGAAAAUAAACCCCCCGGCUUCUAAUGUUGAACCGCUGUACUACUGUUUUUGGCUUCAAAAAUAGUUGGGCGUUGGAUUGCUUGCCGUUUCACAAGUUUACGAUUUCAGGAGCUUACGACGUACACCUUCCUUUUGAAAGCACUAAGCUACCGACACCAAGGCCCGAGCCAAUCCAGAGUAACGGUGGUCGUGGCCGACGAGCGGAUUAUGGAGGCACCGCGUCGUUAAGCGGUGGAGCCCUGGUGGCCUUCCCGACCGCCACGAACAAGCGCACCGGACGGAAGCUGCUACAAUGCCCUGUACCCGGCUGCGACGGCAGUAGUCACGCUUCAGGCAAUUACGCCACUCAUCGCAGUCUCAGCGGGUGUCCCAAAGCCGACAGAGCACUGGUGCAGGCAUUGCAUGUGGAGCAAAAGUGAGUCUGGUCUUCAAUUGUGGCUAUUUUUUCUACAAACUUGGACUGUUUUGCCACAUCAUUAUCAUAGCUACUAUAAGUACCACUUCUGCCAGUAGUAGUAUAACUACUGCCACCUAUAUCACUUCACGACUUAUACCAGCCGGUAGUUGGAAGUGGCAAGUUUGCCUGACAUUAUCUCCAGUCCAGAUGCUUACACUACUACUACUACUACUACUACUACUACUACUACUACUACUACUACUACUACUACUACUACUACUACUACUACUACUACUACUACUACUACUACUACUACUACUACUACUACUACUACUACUACUACUACUACUACUACUACUACUACUACUACUACUACAUCUGGAACGGCUUCUGCAGUACGCGCCCUCCUCCGUAAUUGGCAGUAGUCACAAUAGUCAAGCACUAUUCCAAGAAACGGCCGAUAUACAAUUUAACUUUAAAAGCAUUUUUUGGGAAGCCACAUUUUUCCGAUUAUCCGGCUCAAAAUCCUAAGUACAUGGUUUAACAGUGCUCAGGAAUGGGUAUAUGCUGGGAAACAUAAAAUAUUCCUGCCAUUUUUCAUUUACUUGAUGACUGGCGUCUGACUCGCAGCCCCAUCCAAGGUCACCCAGGAAAUAUUCGAAUACAGCCAAUGACCGAUCUCAUAAAAUGUUAACCAGAAUUCUGAAACACAUUUUUAUCGAGCGUUGCAGUAUUGAUUAUCCUACGACGUAAUCCCAUAACAUUUCAGACUCGCCGGGUUGUUGGCUUUGGAAUGCACUUAUUUUCGGCCAGCAGUAAAAAUCACAUCCGACAAAAAAUGACUACUUAAGCGGUGUGUAUUAUUUCCAUUAAUUUUUAAUAUCGUUACAAAUUCAGAUACAGUUCAUAGCAAACGUGCAUUACCAUGUCCUUUCUUGCACUCAUUUGGUAUCAAAUCACAUUUUUUCUACAUCCCAUUGUCGAAGAAAGUGUACCUUUCGGCUUCUAGAAUGUUUUUGAAUUCCCGGAUAACUUCGAGUCCGAUCUGCCAUUGCAUUCAUUUUUGGAGUUUCUAUCCUACUAGCUGCCAAUUUUUAGUGCAAAGAAAUUCACACAUUUCAGUGCGACCACAGGAAGUAGUUAUACAGGCCUCGUGAAAUUUUGCAAUGGAUGUGGACUAUACCGCGUACUUAAUGAGGAACAUUAGUAAAUGUACAGAUACAAUGCUGUAUGAAUGGACAUUUAAACGGCUUAAAAAACUUAGAAAAUGUAAACUUUCUAAAGUCAUGAGCCACUCUUUCUUCUAAUAGAAGAUUUAAAGGCAUAAUUUUCAGCAGGAUUAGUUCAAGAAAGGUAAUUUUUGUGCAUGUCUUCUGCAGCAUGUAUUUUGAAUUACGAGGGCGUCGAAAACCAACAGAAAAGAUGCAUGCUAAUAAAGUAGUUAAUUUUCACCGAGUGAAGUUUUUACAGGCGGCCAAAAAGGAGUGCAUUAAAAAAUCCAUAUCGUAACGAGUUUGAAAUGUUACGGGAUUACGCCGCAAGGUAAUCAAUGUUAUAACCCGCCUUAAGUAAUCAUUCCCGAUAGAAAACGCAUUUCAAAAUUUCAACUAACUGUAUAUCUGGGAUUACCGGUAUGCUUUCUAGGCAGAAUGGGUAAAUCAGUGAACCAGGUAGACAUUUGAACAAGCAUUCUAGCGGUAUGAAUGUGACGAUUUGUUCACAUUUACAUGGACAGCUUUUAAGGUUUAUAGUUACGAGGAGCCCACAUGUUAUGAAAUGUUUAGCACUUUUUCUAGAGACUCGAAACAAAUUUUUUUAAGCAGUAGAUGAUAUAACACUUAAAAAGUGAUGGCAGACAUCUAGAUGAGCUGUCUAAGCAAUAUUUUUUAUUAAUUAAACACGUCCCAGAAAAGUUUUUUUCCCAGGAAGAAUAUGUUACUGAGUUAUUUCGUGGGAAAAAGUUCACAUUGUUGAAUGUCCAUCAGUGUUUCCUUUUCUAUGCCAGUAACCACCACAGGCCGUAUCUGCGCAUUUGUACAUGCUUCAUUUGUGGCAGAAGUCGAUGUGGACCGGAAAUAUUUAGCAAAACUUUUGUCACCAAAUGGGAACUCGACUUUCAAUCUGCGUAAAUCGGCUGGGACAAGAUAUGGAUGAACGCGUUAUUUUCGGGCAAAAUUAUGACCCAUACACCUGUGCGCAUUUUCUUGCGCGAAUACACCAGAAACGCCUACAGGCAAUCUUCUGUUUUAAUACACUCGUAAUUUCAGACAUAUACAAGUAUUCGGUCAGAUGUGGUUAUGUAGCCGCACCUGAAGUAAACAAACCCCAGCCAUCUGGAAUACGAAACCGAUGUUAAUAGGGGAUUUUUACAGGUGGGGUCGGGAAACGCGCAGGCGACGGGGUCAAGUAGUUGUAUACAAAAGAAAAUCUACUGGGAAUGCGCGGUUGUUCUUUGAGUGGUUGAGAAAUAGUAGCCCUAACCCCCUAACCCCAAACGCCUAACGCUAACCCAUAACCCAAAUCCCUAACCAUAACCCCUGACCUCAACCCCAACAGCAUUGUGUCCAUUAGGUGGGACUACAAAAACACAGCUGAACAAUGUUGCAUAAAUAGCCGCACAAAUGCUCACCACAAAAUGGCCUUUUUGACUUUUCAGUAUAAUUUAAGCUAUUUUUAUGCGGAGUGGUCUCUGCAGACUGAACCGACAUAGCUCCAGCCAUUUAGCGUUUAACUGGUCACGCAGGACUGCAUUCAUAAUCAUCAGACGGAGCCCACGAGUAAGUAGAGAUACAGAACAUAUCUGUCUGUGAAGAGUAAAAGUGGGCAAAGUGUCCCGUUCGCUCCUGGAUGUACUUGAGAUAGGGACGAGGCGUGUAGACAUUUGCCAGUCAUGCAGUAGGUGGGCUAACUCAUGAAAUGUCAACCGGAAAUCCGAAAUGCGUGCUCGUUUCGAAAAGAUUAAUUAAGUAGGCUUGUAAAACUAGUCAGCCUGCGACAUAAUUCUAUAAUAUUUUAGUUACCUCAGGAUGUCGGCUUUCGAACGAACUUCCCUCCGGCUGCAUGCAAAAACUACACUCUCCGAAGAACGAAUACUUAAUUAGCACACAUUUUUCCAAUAUAUGUUCGAUGCCCCUAAAAGCCCUACUAGAUUUAAUGGGAAACACACAAAAAUAUCCAAUCAUUUGCUCAUUCGGUAAAAAAUUACGUCUUUUAAUUUUAUACUCAAAGGAGGGAUAUAAUUCGGUCUAAAUAUUUUAUUGGUGAGGGUAAAGCAAAUGGGUGUUUGUUCAAAAGUCCGCCUUCUCGUCUUAUUUAGGUAGAUGUGCCUUAUAACGGUUUGCCUGACAAUAGGUCAUAACAGGAGCUAGGCGACACUCGGGUUUUGCCUUGUGACGUUAAAGUUGCCCGUAUCGGACUCAAGGUUAGGGUUAGAGCUAUGGUUAGGUGUUGAGUUAUUGUGAAUAAGGAGACGCGAUCGCUGAAACAAAAGAUUUAUUAGCCUGACGUUUCGGAUUUUCACUCGAAUCCAUCAUCAGAGACAGAAUCAGAUAGGGGUUAUUCUUGGGACAAGGGUUGCCAGGCUUGGGUUAUGUUUUGGAGUUGGGCUUAAAGCUAAGGUUGGAGUUUUUGAUUUAUGGCUGAGAUCAGGCGUAAGGUUAUAGGUUAGGGUUGGGGUUCUGGGGUUAGGCGUUAGGGUUAAGGUUUUAGGCCUUGGGUUAAGGCUACGGUUACUUUCGAGAGUUCUUUGAAGGCUUAUGGGUGAAGGAUUGGGACUAUCAUUACAAGCAAGGAUCAUAGUUGGCUACAGAUUUCCCGAUAGGGCGAUAUACCAUACCGUUGCCAUGUCAUUUUACAAGUUUUAUGCUUGUGUUGCAGUAUUUACUUAGGCGACGGCACGAACGUUCAUCAAAAUCUCCUACGAAUCAAGUGUGCUCAUUUGUCACGACACGCUCAGCAUUCGGUAUUUGUGUUAUUUAAAGAAAACUAAUCUGUCAUGUUACUUUCGAUAAUUACCUUGCGUUUUCAUCCAAAUGAAUGCCAGCCAUUAACAAUUGGGAGUUUUGGUCGAUGCAUUUGAGGCUAUUUCGGAUUGAUUUGAACUGAUUUUAUGCAUCACCUACUUCAUAUGUCAAAAACGGAGGUUAAAGUGUGAAAUAUGUAAUUCGUGUCUCGCCUUUCAAUGGGACAUCGUUGGCCACUGGAGAGGUUCUGGAUGGAACAGCGACGUGAGGCUUUUUGUACUUUACGAAAUGCAGUCCUGUUUAAGUAUUACUUCUCAAAUAUUUAAGUCGAGGUUUUGUAUGCGUAGGUGCCCACUGUGUGCGGGCGUACCAACAGUUUGCUCUCGACCUCGUGAACUACGCCAAACAGUAAGUGAACUCGACUAUCGUCCCAAGAAUGCACCAUUUAGAAAUCAGCGAUCCUAAGUACAAAUGAUAGGCGAAAGUUUGCAAAAAAUGUGUUAGUAGGCUGCCAAGAUGACAUUUUUGGAGAAAGGCUCAACUUUCGAAAGGCGCAAUUUGCAGACAGCCCAAAAGAUUUUAAGCAAAGUAAUACAGACUACCUGGAAAGGCAUACGAAUAAAGCAUAAUCGGCCGAUCGUCAAUUCCGGGUGUAUUUUGGCCAGAUUUGCAUGUUUGGUUGCCUUGGCGAGAACGGAGAUGCUUUCAAUGGGACUGUGGUGCGAGAGGCAUACAACUGUCAUAAUUACGAAGGUGAGGUGAUGGGACAGUAAAAGUAAGCACACGUACAGAAGCCUACCUCUGACGGCAGGCAAGUGCCGUUUCCAGGAAUCGCCUCCCGCCACCAUCUGCCACAUCGUUUUAAGGAUCCCACAGGGUGGCUAUAUAAAAACCGACACUUUGCUUAACCUUAGUGCUUCGCUCAUUCCAUUCAAAAAUGACAUAUAUGCAGCAGGUAGACCACACGAAAAGUAACGUUUCAUAUUUUCAAAACUGAAAAUAACUAUUCCAUGACAGUCAUUUUUAUGCUAUAUCACAGCAUUUUCCAAAUUGGAAAGCGGUUUAGGCUCAUUUAAACGAAGAACUGCCUGUGUGUGUUAUCAGUGCAAUGCAGGACACGAAAUCACACAGACUUCCGAAUUCGAUUUAUAAAAAUCGACAAGACGUCUAGAUCUCUAAAAACAACCUGCAGAAAGGAAGUCCCAAUUACAUUUGGCGCACAAGCCGACGACUACACUUCGUAACCAGCUUGCACAACCUAAGGAUAGGGUUGGCCAUUUAGAUAAGAAUGAAGUCGUCUAUAAGAUACCAUGCAACACCUGUAAUGCGGUUUACUGCGGUCAAAUCGGGAAAUCGGCCUCUGCACGAAUACACGAGCAUCAAUUGGCCGUAAAAGGCGAGACCACUUGUCCCAAGUUGUUAUACAUACGCUGGAAACUGGACACAAAUUCGCUCGGGAAAACACUCGCAUUGUAGGUGUCUGCUCCUCUAAAAAGGGCGGCGAAUUUUUAGAGGCCACCAAUUUUGGUAGCUCACGCAUCAGCCGACACGUAGAAUUGGAUGCGAAAAGUGGAAAAUGUGUUCGCCAAUCAGAACAUUACGCCAGCAGGAGUGACAGGGCAAAAUUGAUUUUUUGACAUGUCUUAAUGUUUACUGAUUUGCACAUUUACUUCAGGUCUGAGGACGACUUGGGGAAUUAAAGUCCAAAAAUUAAACAAUAAAUUUGUCUAUAUUUCCCAAAGAACUUAUCUAUUUCAAAUAUAUAUGUGUAGAAAGGGAUUAACGAUUAAGACAAGGGAACUGAGACAGCCAUUUCCGGGUUAUAAACGUCGUCAUUCAGCCCUACACAACCCUAGGUUUGCAGGAUUUGAGACCCGCAUCCGAAUUUUUCGGUCGUUGAGAGUUUGCAGACCUCGAGGCAAACAGGACGAGCAUAUUCCGUAAGCUGAGCAAUGAACGUCCAUGCCACAGUGUGCGAACGACGGGACGACGGGUCCCUGGAUCAACUGUAGAAAGUUGGAUUUAACAACGCUUGAUGAUGGAGGAAACCAGAUCUUAAUCUUAGCUUCUGCGAACCUGGGACUGGGUUAGGCUGGCCGAAAAGAUAUCCCAGGCUCAUUUCCGUUUGGCGGGACCCCUUCCUGCGUAUGCACAUAUGCAUAUUAGAAAGGUGAAGUUCUUUGGGAAACAGCAAAGUUUAUUGUGUAAAUUUUCGAGACUGGUUCCCCAGCUCGUCUUCAGACAACGGGCGUAAUAUGCAUAUGCAUAUAUCGCGUUUGUUAUCCCCCAAAGAAGACAAAGAAGAAAAACCGAGUUUAUGGACUGACUUGUAUCCGUGCUGACGUUUCUGCAACCUUCAAAUUUUCAUCAACAGACUAGUGCUGUUUCUGUUUAAUCGCAGCACUCGACAGAAUAUGUGCUCUUGGCUCAGUAACUGAGAUUUUGUUUAUGAACCGCCUGAAUUAGAACAAAAAUGCAGCUCUCCCAGCUUGUUUGGCUGACAGCGGUCAGUGGGAUUGUAAAUAACACUCAAUCCCGCAUUAUGUUUUUGUCGGUUAGCUCGUCGUUUCUUCUGGUAGUUAAUUGGCAGGAUUUUUGCAUUCUACUUAGAUGUCCCACCCCGGGCUGUGACGGCUCAGGCCAUAUUACCCGUAACUACACCAGUCAUCGCAGCCUCAGCGGUUGUCCGAGGGCGCACCUGCUGGGCAUCAAACGACACCACGCAGGACAGCUGCGGUCGAGCCAAUUCCUGACAGCCUCCAAUCCCCUGAGUCUGGUCAGUCCCGCCAAGAUGCGUCUCCUGUGUGUUGCUACUGCUGCUGCUGAGAGAAGGCUGGCGGAAAAGGCGGACGAGAGAGGAGAGGAUCGUGCCGAGGGCUCGCUGAGGAACCACGUGAAUGACUUCUCAACCAGCAGAGUCGCAAACGAGGAAGUGGAUUCCCUGAAGUAAGUAACGGAACGUUGAAAGGGCAACAACUUGGCGUUUGCUCAGACGCCAGUUGCUUAAGGCUACUUUUUUUUCAACUCGGGGCGGAGACAAGCAGGGGAAAACAAAAGUGGACUGAAGCGUCCAAAAAGCGCUCCAAUUGCGCCUAAGGCCCUCCGCACAUUCUGCCUUUGGAAGAGGUGUACAUAAAGAUCAAUACAUUUGCCCUUAUUACACCCUUUCAGGUAAUGUACAAGUAUAAGUGAAGAAGAAGAGUCGGGCACCGGAACGCUUUGUUUAUUGUACUGAGCAUCCAGACUCGUACAGGAGUCCAUCGUCAGAGGUAGUAGCAGCAACAGAACAAGUGACAGUCAUAAGGCAUGUAGGCCAAUCAUCGACCGACGGCGCAAGACUGGAGGUGACUACGCAGGGCUCUGUACGCCGGCGCCAGGUCGAUAAAUCGAUUGACCGAGUUCUCAUCCGAGGCCCAGGCUCCAAUCAAUUCUCGGCCUGUUUUGUUUCUGGCGUGAGCGACUAUUUUGGUGGCUGCGACGUUAAACUCGUGACCCAUUUCGUGGGUGUGGGCGGCCACUUGUGAUAAUGCGUCGCCUCGUCGCACAGCCAGCUUAUGUUCGUGUAUGCGCGAUCCGAGCAUGGGCCCAGGCUGCCCUGUGUAGUUACAAGGACAAAUCUGCCACGGAAUACGAUACACUUCUCUAGAUUUCUCUUUAGGCUUUAACCGGUCUUUGAUUUUCAUGACCCUAUUGCUCAUGGCGGCUAUGGGGCGGUGUGUAAUGCCAACACCUAGCUCCGCAGCAAUGCGCUCAGUCGCUUCUGAAACACCUUUGAUGUAUGGCAGAGAAUGCCAUAUCGUCGGUGGCGUUGAUGUUCGAGUUCUCUGGUGGCGACCGCGUAGGCAGCGACUUAUGAAUGCCCUCGGAUAGCCAUUUUUCACAAAAUGGUCGCGGAGAUAAAGGGCCUCACGUGCUCUGUCCUCCGGUUUGCUGCAAUGAGUUUGGAUCCGUUUGAAGAGCGUCUUUACACAGCUUCGUUUGUGAGCCACCGGAUGGUUGCUGUGAAAACUGAGAAGCUGUGUGGUGUUCGUUGCCUUCCUAUAAACCGUCGUUUCAUGGUCACCGUUAAAGUUUCGUCUGACAAGCACAUCCAGGAGGGGCAACUGCUGUUCCUGUUCUUCCCUCGUGAAUUUUUUUUAUCAGGGAAGACUGCGUGGAGCAGGUUAAGAAAUGUUACAGCAUGUCCUUCUUUACGAUGACGAACGUGUCGUCUACGUAACGGCGCCAAAUAUAGGCAACUGAAACCGCUCUAGCUCGAUUCUAUGGUCUGCCAAAAAUCCAUAAAGCGUACGGAACCCUGCGUGGUCACCUCCAGUCUUGCGCCGUCGGUCGAUGAUUGGGCCCUACAUGCCUUAUAACUGUCGCUUGUUCUGUUGCUGCUACUACCUCUGACGAUGGACUCCUGUACGAGUCUGGAUAUUCAGGACGGUAAACGAAGUGUUCCAGUGCACGACUCUUCCUAACUUAUGCAUACACCUGGAACUCGAAAUUUCGCAUUAUCUAUCCAACUACUUUGAAUCCACCUCCUCUGUUGGCGCUGCUGAUACUUACAUCGUAGGAGAUCAGACUGCUAAAGUUUGAACGGUGGAGCCGCAAACCUCCAGAGGUCCAUUGACGUGAAUUAAGCGUCUUCUGGAGUUGCGGAAUGAACAAAGUUUCCCAGGUUAUUUGGCAAUCUUAAGCUAGGACAGGAAUCUCCGACAGCAUUUACCGCACUCCCUCCUCCAUAAUCCACCUUGGCACGAUGGUAGGGCAAUGUCAAGAUGGCUAAAGAUGGGCAUAGCACAGUGACUGACGAAACUAGACAACCCCUCUACGCGUCCCACACACGAACUGGGCUCCACAACACCUAGCAGGCUUCCGUGAAAGCGACUCGGAUACCACGUAUGUGAAAGGGCCACCUCACGAAGCAAAUAUUACAGCCUCUCUCUCAGUUCCCUUGUUCACGCAAGCAGACCUUACUUCAAAGCCUGAGUUUUGUCAUCAUCUGGCAAUCACGAUCACUGGCGUGCGACUUCUGAUGACGGCAUGCGAUAUCCGAGUUAGACUGACGCCAUUUCAGUAGGAGAUUGCAUGUUAACAAAUUGGAUAGGUAAAAUAAGUAAAAAACGAUUACUGGAAAAGUGCUGACAAAGUCAACUUAAUGACUUUCUUUCCUGUUUUUUUUUCUAGAGUCCUCGGUCGCACUUCGGAAAAGGAAGAAGGAGAGUCAGGUAGGGAUUUGAUGUUAAUUUUAGGAUCAACUAUCAGAACUCGUGUCGCGGUUGUAAUACCAAGUGCAGCUAGGACAGAUGCAUGAGUUAGUUCGUCACUUUAACAACCAAAACUCUUUAUGUAAUAAACUAGGGACGAUAGGUUUGUUCGCCGGGAAACCGGUUCCUCACAGUCUACUGUAAAAGUUUCUGUAAUUAAACUUGCUUAACAGAAAAUACCGAGGAAUGGUCGAUAAAGACGACAUUUUUAAUUGUCUUUUUUCAGCUCGUUUGGACCAGUUUUCUCCGUCAACUGAAUAUGCCGGCAAUGCGGCAAACUUUGAAAACAGUCAUUCGACCCCCGCAAGCUGUUCAAGGGAACAGGCCGAUUUACACCUUUCCUCCUCUAGUCCAGUCUCCUGGCGCGAAUAUCAAGAUGGUGGAACUGAAACAGCAUUUGCCAGUCAACCCAACAGCUCCCAAUUCACAAGCAUUAAUCUUCUUGUAGGCAGAUCAGAGGAACCGGAGGGAUCUGCCUGA